CAACAAGAUCCCUUCACAUAUCCCUAGCAUUGCUUUAAAAUAUCUUCUGAAUCUAUCUCCGGAAUAAUGGCAUUCAUGCCCCCAGUGAUAGGGGCGUGAGAAUUAGUUUCGCGCAGUGCCGAACCUGGUCUUGGCUUGAGUCGCCGCCACUCAGACUCGAUCUCAUUAAAGAACGCGUGGUUGUCCUCGACGUCCUCAAACGACCUGGGCGCGCUACUUUUGGGUAGAAUUUGGAACGGCGUGCUUUUCAAGGCCUUUAACGACAAGAGACGCUGUCCAACGUCGUGUACUUGGAACAAGCAGGCGCGAACACUCGCACAGCUUGUGGACUCUUCUCCCGUACCAACAGCCAUAAUCUCUUCAAACUCAUCGUAGCCGCCUUUAUACAUAUUCCCAGACAUAGGACUUCAAAAUGGCACCCUCGCAAGACCCCCUCCAAGUGAUGGACGGCAUAUUCCAGACUAUAACCUCCCAAUCCGCUUCACCCUCCAACGUCGUCUCGCAUAUCAAGAGUAUUACUCCAAAAGAGCUGCGAGACGCGGCGCUUGCUAGUCCGCUAUCGAGUGGUCAGGAUCCGCUGAGUGUGGUGGCAGGGGCGGGGUAUGGAUCGGCGAGUUGGACUGUUGGAGCUUUGUAUAUCUUGGUUGCAAGGUUGACGGUGCAGAAUGCGCAAGCACCGCCGUUGGAUGUUAUCACCGACUUUUGCAAACAUUUUGAUCCUGUGCAGGCGAGGCAUGUGCCUGAUAGAGUGACAGCCCUGGCUCGCGCGAUUCAACGAUUAGCAGUGGCUGCUAACAACCCUAGAUGGGCGAUCGAACCGCUGUACCUGCUUCUGACACGGUACCCACCUCACCUCUCAUUCUUGACGACUAUCCAUCCCAUCUUCACCCUGACAUGCCUACAAGCCAAGCAUCCAACGGCGGCGCUACCCAUCUUGGAGGUGCCCAUCUCAAACAUCGACACCAACCUCUCCGAGCUGACUUACAAUGACAACCUAACAUACCACUACACAGGUGGUAUCAUCUUCGCGAUGCUCAAGCGCUGGAAAGAAGCCGAAGAGUUCUUCGAGAUUGUCGUCACGGCUCCUUCGACCUAUCCUAGUAGUCUGCAGAUGGAGGCUUUGAAGAAGAUGUCCAUCGGACAGCUGAUUUGGAAGGGCAAGGUGUCGCCGUUGCCCAAGUACACCCACCCGCUUUUGGUCAGGCAGUUCAAGUCGACGCCGUAUCAGGCUUUCAUCAAUGCGUACCCUCAUAAUUCGGAGAGUUUGAAGGAGCUCUUGAAUAAGGAGAAGAAUUUGUUCCAGGGUGAGAAGAAUAUGGGGCUGUUGCGUCAAGCUGUUGACCGUGCGCCGCGUUGGGUCCUGAAGAAGCUCACCGCGACAUAUCUAUCUUUGAACCUUACGGAGAUCGCAAAGGCGGUCAAGAUCGAGGAUGUGAAUGAGGUUCGAGGGAUCUUGCUAAGCAUGAUCGAAGACGGCGACCUCUCCGCAACCCUGUCCUCCACAGAAACGGAAACAACAGUCACCUUCUCCGAUCCUUCACCGCGGUACAAUAAAUCCCAAAUCGAUGCUCUGCUUCUCAAUGCCCAGGCGCAAUCUGAGUACCUUUUGGGACUGGACAGGGAGCUGGGGAAGAGUAAGGAGUAUUUGAGCAAGGCUGUGAAGGGCAAGGGCGGGGAUGAUGGGUUCAGUGUUGGAGGGAUGGGUGGUGCUAUGGGCGCAGGUAUGGGAGGGUGGCCUGGUGGUGUUGAGGAAGAGUUGUUUGCGGCUGGUGGGGCCAGUUGGGAAGAUGGAUUCGCCUAG